GGCUACGACAAAACUGCCUGGCUAGACACACAACAGAAACUAUGUCGGAGGAGUCUUUCUCAACAGAAUUGGGUCGAUCAGGGCUAUUGAUGGCAAUGGAGUCAGCAGCGGAAUCGGAUGUACUCAACACCUCAGAAUCCUUUAUCGGAGAUGAUCCCGGAACCGGAUCACAAAAUGGGGGUAGCCCCAACGAUACGGACAGAGACUCGCUGGAUGAAUCGCUCUACGAUUGCAACAUUUGUCUGGACACAGCCCACAACGCCGUGGUCAGCAUGUGCGGUCACCUGUUUUGCUGGCCGUGUCUGCAUCAGUGGCUUUUGACUAAACCCAAUCGCAAACUCUGUCCCGUUUGCAAGUCGGCCGUCGAUAGGAAUAAGGUCAUACCGCUGUACGGACGAAAUGCUAAUCGCAAGCAGGAUCCAAGGGACGGAAUUCCACCGCGUCCCGCUGGACACCGCACAGAACCGGUAGUGGAAGCAGAGCGUAUCCACGGAUUUGGGCACGCUUUUCACAUGUCCUUUGGCCUUGGCUUUCCUUUCGGUUUCAUAUCAUCUUCUCUUAACUUGGGCGAACCACGUAAUCCUGCCCCCAAUCGCGGCACUGCUCAACACCGUAACGAACAGAACCUCUCCAAGUUCUUCCUUUAUAUGGCCUUUGUCCUGAUCGGCUGGCUGAUUUUUGCAUAGCAAACUUAAAUCCAUAUUAGCCACAUCAAAAUCUAAAAAUGGGACAAUGUACAAAGACCCUCUAUCGUACACCCCGCUUGAAAAAAUUUAAAAUUUGCCUGAAGUCGGUGCUUUUUAAAUUACGUUCAGUGAAGUUUUUAUCGGUGUAUUUGAAGAAUAAACGUUGAGCGAUACUCGUUGAAACAAU